UUAUUCGGUUGGCAGGAAAGUUGCCGGCGCUCAAAGUCCCUAGACUUGGCACUGACUUUCCAAAGUUUGAUAAUUAAUUUCAGCGACUCAUCGCAGUUUUAAACAAAUUUGCUGGCAGUAUCAACGUUUUGUUAUCAUGGCUGGACUAUUUAGCACAAUUGUACGACGGGGCCCCCAAUUGUUAAAAACUGCGAUUCCGGCUGGUAAAAACAAUGCAUUUAGAAAUUUUUCUGUUGCCCCCACUUUGUGCGCUCCUCGAGUGCAACACCCCGCUCCUGACUUUAAAGGAACAGCAGUUAUAAAUGAUGGCUUUAAAGAGAUACAAUUGAGCGACUAUAAGGGAAAAUAUGUUGUUCUAGUUUUCUAUCCUCUUGAUUUCACUUUUGUGUGCCCCACUGAAUUGAUAGCGUUAGAUGAACGUUACGACGACUUCAAAAACUUGAACGCUGAAGUAAUUGGUUGUUCUAUUGAUUCACAUUUCUCGCACUUAGGGUGGAUGAACACAAAAAGAUCUGAAGGGGGUUUGGGCAAACUAAGAUAUCCCUUGCUUUCUGACAUUAAUAAAACUAUAGCCAGAGACUAUGAUGUCCUGCUCGAGAAAGAGGGAAUUGCCUUGAGAGGUCUCUUCAUUAUUGACCCUAAUGGCAUCCUUAGGCAAAUUACGGUAAAUGAUUUGCCAAUAGGUCGUUCAGUAGAUGAGGCUCUUCGGUUAAUCGAAGCCAUUCAAUUCUUUGAAAAAAAUGGAGAAGUGUGUCCAGCUAAUUGGAAGAAAGGUAGUAAGACAAUCAAACCUGACCCUCAAGGAUCUAAAGAAUAUUUCCAAGCCGCUAAUAAGUAAUGAGUAAACGUUUUGUGUUUGUAAAUUGUUACGUUGUAAAGAUUUUGAAUAAAUAUAAACUUAAGUAGA